GGAGGAAAAAAAAACAACAAAAAAAACCCAACAAAAACCCCAAACAACAAAACUCUUUAAAACGCGAUCUAAAGGGCGCAGGAAUUUGUUGUGAAGGGGAAAAUAAUUGCUACUAUUGCACGCUCCCGAUGCUGGUGCACCAUGUCGCGACGGAAGCAGGCGAAGCCCCAGCACAUCAACUCCGAGGAGCAGCCCCCAGAUGCUGCAAGUGGGAGUCCACAAGACGUCCCAGGUGAUAGGGAUGGUGAAAUGAGUUCCAAAAGGUGCCGCACGGAGGAAACCAAAAUCUGUGAGAAAUGCUGUGCAGAGUUCUUUGUUCUCUCUGAAUUCCUUGAGCAUAAGAAAAAUUGCACUAAAAAUCCACCUGUUCUAAUCAUGAAUGACAGCGAGGGAGCUGUCCCCCCUGAGAGCUUCUCCGAGGCUUCUCUGGGGACCUUCCCAAGCGACCGGAUGGACGGCAGGGCACGCAAGGACGUCCAGGCCAAGGGCUGCGCCGGCUCUGUGGAGAAGAGAGAAGGAAAAAUGGAUGCUGAACCGGUAGGAGGAAUGUACCUUAAAAUAGAACCCCCGCUGACGCCCGCGGCUCCCGGCCUAAGCUAUCUCCCAAAACCCAAAGUCCCGAACACUAACGUGACCCUGCAGACGAUCCGCGGCACCAAGGUGGCCGUGAACCAGCGGACGUCCGACGCCAUCUCCUCCUCGGCGGCCGGCUUCAACGCCAUCCCCAUGAUCCUGGAGCAGCUGGUGUGCCUGCAGCAGCAGCAGCUCCAGCAGAUCCAGCUGACGGAGCAGAUCCGCAUCCAGAUCGCCAUGAUGGCUCCCCACGCCCUGCACCCCUCCAUAGCAGCUGCUACUGACCCGCUCAAAGCUCUGGGCGCCCACAUGUCCCAGCAGCUCUCGGCUGCCGUGGCUCUGAUCGGACAGAAGGCUGGAAGCCAGAGCCUAUCGCUGGAAUCCUUGAAGCAAGGAAAACUACCUCAUUCUAACACUGGCAUUGCAGCCGCCAGCUCGCUGGCUGCUGGGCUCUCCUCCUCCUUCCCCCUGAAGCCGGAGGGGAGCCGAGGCCUCCCCGGCUCCAUCUCUCAGUUCCCGAAUCCUUUGCUACCUCAGUCCUCCAGCUCGGUCAUCUUCCAGAACCCGCUUUCGGCCGUCUCGUCCGUGAUGGAUUCCUCGAAGAAGGGGAAGGGGAAACCCCCCAACAUCAGCGUGUCUGAGAGCAAACCGAACGCCGAGGAGCCCUUCUUCAAACACAAGUGUAAAUUCUGUGGGAAGGUCUUCGGCAAUGACAGUGCCCUGCAGAUCCACCUCCGCUCCCACACCGGGGAAAGACCCUACAAAUGCAACAUCUGUGGGAACCGCUUCACCACCAAAGGAAACCUUAAAGUGCAUUUUCAGCGUCACAAAGACAAGUACCCCCACAUAAAGAUGAAUCCUUACCCGGUUCCUGAGCACCUGGACAAUGUUCCUACCAGCACCGGAAUCCCCUACGGGAUGUCUGUGCCGCUGGACGAGUCCAACCUGAUUGUGGACAGCAAACCUCUCCUCACAACUCUGCCUACCUCUGCGGCCACCGGCGCACCUCAGAGCAUCUCCAGCCUGGCAGGCAUCAAGGAGCCGCUGCCUGGUACGUUCUCAAGCGAGCUGCAGUCCAGGCCCUCUCCCGAAAGCGAGGGCGGCUCCUCCUCGUCGGGGGCGGUCGGUCACGAGUCGGGGACGGAGCAGAGCUUGAGCUCACCGCAAGCUACCUGCAGCGUGAGCAUCUUCCACGUAAGUGGGUCAAACGAGCAAGGCUCGGAGACAUCAAAGCUCCAGCAGCUGGUUGAAAACAUCGACAAAUCCUCUGCUGACCCCAACGAGUGCCUGAUCUGUCACAGGGUGCUGAGCUGCCAGAGCUCGCUCAAAAUGCAUUACCGCACCCACACCGGGGAGAGGCCGUUCAAGUGCAAGAUCUGUGGCCGUGCCUUCUCCACUAAAGGGAACCUCAAAACCCACUACGGCGUCCAUCGGGCCAACACCCCCUUGAAGAUGCAGCAUUCGUGUCCGAUUUGCCAGAAGAAGUUUACAAACGCCGUGGUGCUGCAGCAGCACAUCCGCAUGCACAUGGGCGGGCAGAUCCCCAACACCCCCGUGCCAGAGCCGCCCUGCGACGGCGCCGAGGCGGAUCCUGCCGUGCCCGAGAAGAACGGAGACGUCGGCCGCCCCGAGGAGAUGGUGGAAAGCAUAGACGUGGAAGAUGACCUGGACUCUCAGGACGGCCCCAGGAGCUCUUCCAAACCUCCCACUCCGUACGACGCGCAGUCGGAGUCGCCCGCCGCGGCCGCCGCCUUCUCUGGGGUCACGGCGCUGGAGAACCAGAUGAAGAUCGUCGCCUCCUCUCUGAAUCUGCAGCGGCAGAGCAGCCUGAAGUCCAGCGACAACGGCUCGGCAGAAAGCGAUGGCAUGACCAACGACUCGUCCUCGGUGGCGGGAGAUGCCGACUAUCAGAACGGCCGGAGCCCCGCCGCCUCCGAGGCCGCGUCGCUGCAGGCGCUGUCCCCGGCCAACAGCCAGCCUGAGAGCGUCCGGUCAAAGUCACCCGCCUUCAACAACCAGGAGGAUUCGGGCACGGGCAGUAAACCGGAGGGCCCCGAGAAUGCUCCCGCGGAAAUGGAAGGGGUUGUCGGGGCGUUGGAUUUAACGUACGGCAAUAUCGGUCGGAAGGUCAUUAAAGAGGAGCCUGGGCUACACUUUGCGAAUGGAGAAUAUGGUCGAAGCAGUAUUCCAGCCGCUUUUGUCAGAGCCCCACCAGCCCUGAUAAAGAUGGAGCUGCCCAGCGAUCGUCCCCUCAGCGCUGGCCACUUCAUCGGCCCUCCAGCUCUGUCCCCUGGGGUGGCCCCUCUGCUGGUGCCGCGCCCCAAGUUCUGCCGUCCCGCCAAACAGCACAUCUGCACUACCUGUGGGAAGAACUUCUCCUCCGCCAGCGCCCUGCAGAUCCACGAACGCACCCACACUGGGGAGAAGCCCUUUGCCUGCACCAUCUGUGGGAGAGCCUUCACCACCAAAGGAAACCUGAAGGUCCACGUAGGAACCCACAUGUGGAACAACUCAGCCAGGCGGGGCAGGCGCCUGUCCAUCGACAACCCCAUGGCCCUGCUGGGGAACGACCCCAAGAAGGUGUCGGAGAUGUUCCCCAAGGACAUGCUGGCGCCCUCGGUGAGCAUCGACCCCGCCGUGUGGAACCAGUACGCGGCCGUGCUCAGCACCGGGCUGGCCGUGAAGACCAACGAGAUCUCGGUGAUCCAGAGCGGCGCCCUGCCCGUGCCCAUGGCCGGGGGCUCGCCCCUGAACUCCGCCCCGGCCUCCAAGGGGGACGCGGCCCAGGCUGGCGCCGCCUCUGACGCGGAGAAGGCGGCCGGCGCUGCUGCAGACAGUGUGCCAAAACACCAGUUCCCUCACUUCCUGGAGGAGAACAAAAUCGCCGUUAGCUGAAGGCUCGAGAGGAGUCUGCCUACAGAGAGAGCAAAUAUAUAUAGACACAAAAACGUAUAUUUUUAAGAGAUUCCACUUCGGCCUCCUAUUUUCCUAUCGACGUGCAAAUGAUUUUAUGGUUGUCUUUGUAAGAGUUGCCCGGAGUACAAUCAUCAUAUUGCUUUGCAAAUAGUAAUUAAUAAAGAAUAGGAUUUCCUUCUAUUUGGAAAGAUGCGGGUCUUGCAAAGUAGUUCCUACGUGUGACUUUAACGUGUACAGCCUUACAGAAGUUUCUGCAACUUGAAAUUCCAAAGGUUAGCGUAUUUACCUCUUUGUUUAGAGUGAUAAUGGGGGUUUUUGAACAGAGUGGAAACAACCUACUGUUGAUGGAAAAGCUUCUAUUUACUGAUGAGAAAUGGAAACUAUUAAUGCGGGUAAAUAUCCUAGAAUGUCUGCCACCCUCUUAGAAUUUUUUGUUUGGGUUUUCGGCUCUGUGUGGUUUCUGAAUGUACUUUUUCUUAAAAAUGGCUAUAAAAACUACAGUUUUUGGUUUUGUUUUGUUUUUUUUUUUUUUAAUUCCUUUGGGUUUUUUGCCUCAGAAGUUCUAUGAGAAGCAAGUUGCUGUUUUUUCUUUAGUCACUGCUCCUAAGUAAUUAAUUCUUUGUGUUGACUGCUGCUUAUUUAAUACUACUAGUAGGACGGUCCUUCAAGUAUAGUGCCAAAAUUCCUGCUUCCAAAGAUGUGCAGUUUCUCCUAGAUGUUUUAUUUCAAUACCAAGAGCCCCAAACAAGCAUGGGUGGGUAUGUAUAUACUUUUUUUUGUUGUUUGUUUGUUUGUUUCCUCUUGAAAGGGAAGACUUGCCUUGGGAAGUCAGGUUUAAAAGCUCUGCAAGGAAUCUCAGGUGACUGUUGCAAUUUGCCAUGGGAACUGGUUUCCUUAGCAAGAGACUUUUUGGUUUUUUGUUUUUGGUUUGGUUUUUUUUUUUUGUUUUGUUUUUUGUUUGGGUAAUUUAGGAGAUCAGUCUGUGUAAACCUGUAUUUAAAUAUGAAGUAUUCAUGCUUAGGUUAAAUGUUUUGUGGGUUUUUGGAUGGCAUUCCUGCUCUGGUCGUUAAGGUUUUUUUGGUGGUCUGUGAGCUUGCAUUCCACCAGAACGGUGAUUAAUGAUCCGUGUGUGUUGUAUGAAGGUUGCUGGGAUAGUCAUCUGGAUUCUAAGCUAUCUACCUCAUUUUUUCCCUUUUGUAGUUGUAGUGUCUAUUUUUUCUAAUAAUGACCACUGUAAUGGCUGAGAUUCAAGCAGAUGCUUCCAUGCACUAUGUGAAACCAAAACCUGAUGUAUUAUUAGUGGAGGCACCUGAGGAGUUGCUGGACUGACCUUUCACUACUCCUCGAACGCCUGCUGGAACUGGAUGUGUAAUGGGAUCUGAACCAGGCUGCAAUGGGUGUGGAAGGGACUGAAGGAGGGAAAGAAACCUGGCUGUUGACUGCAGGAAAUCUUCAAGCCCAGUCUCUGUUGUGGAAGGCCCCAAAAAUGCAGAUUUACCAAAAGUUUGUGUGAUGUUGUUGCACCUGAUUCUUGCUAUUAUGAUCUCUGUUUGCCGAGUUGUGCCUUUCCCGCUGGACUUGUGGGUAAGAACAUACCAGUACCUGUUUACACUGUAAAAUGGAUAUUGUUACAUAGACCACACAAAAGGCAUCCCAAGUGUUGCGUUUCUACGUUGUGAAUGUAUGACUUCUGAGAACUCUGUAGUUUUUGAGUACCUACUGAUGCGUUUCUGUUGACAUUUUUUUGAGAAUAAAUUUUGGGAUGGCUUUUUCA